AGCGCUUGUGUGUCCAUGUAUGGGCUCGUGUUUCAUUGCAGUGAUCAGGUCUUGAUCGCACACCCGCAUCGGUUUCACGACUCAUUACAACACGCACAGUCACACGAAACGUGCAAAGUGUCGAUCGAUAAACUCAUAUUGUAUACGUUUUCUACUCGCUGCCCUCCCACUGACCUGCAUGGAUGAGCUCAAUGCACCUCAGUCUCUCUGGGUGAGCUCACGUAUACCAGUGCUGCUGCUGCACCAAGAAGGGAGGCGGACGUGGGAACGCAACAUACUGCGGAGACAUGACGACCGGAGGACUGCGCAUCGUACACGGCUGUGGCUGGAGGCGAGGUCCGGGGCCGGUCCAACCAUAGUCCGAUGCCGAGCGUCCGAUCGCCACAUUGACCUCGUUGCCGCCUCUGACGUCUCCCAGGGAGGAGCAGCUGGCAUUGUUGCCAACCGUUGUGUUGCGGACCAUAUCCGUCGAUGUGGCGGGAGGGGGAACGUCAUCGCUCUGUGUCGUCAUCGUCAUGCUGUCGACCAUAUGCUUCGUCUUGUGCACCCUGUUUGGGUCGACAGCCGGGGAAGCCGCCGGGGUCGGCGGUGGUACGUUCAAAUUGAGCCCUGUGUAUGUGGACAGCCCUGGCAAACACACAUCACAUCAAAGACACCUCUGGUCCACAAACAGAUGUCGAUCGACCAGUGAGUGUAUCAUUUGUGACGUACGCUGGGUUAAGUCGGAAACGAAUCCAGAGUUUUUGCAAAUGUCGGGGUAGCGACUGACGAGCCCAGCAGCCUCCGCCUCUAGCUUCUCCAACUCAUGGACCAAUGUGAGCUUCCUUAUCUGCGUGAGACACACUCGGACACGAAGCUCAAGUAAGUGUUCUGUUCGGCUCGGCUUUAUUCGGCUACGUAGUGCUCAUUGGUCUGCAGUCUCUGUCUCUUUGUAAUCUCGGCUGUGGUCUGCAAUCAUCAUGGGGAGGGACCACAUGCAUAAGCGAUGCACAUGGCAUGGCGCCUGUGUGCUGGUCAAUCCACCCACUCACUCACUCUUCGUUGGACUUCCUCCUGUGACGCAGCAACCAGCUCCUGUAAUCAAAGACAAUAAGCGCAUUCUUAGAACUGAAGCUUCAGUUGAGGGGCUGUCUCUGACCUCCACGAUCUGUCGCUGGGCCGCCUCUGGCAAACCGUCGCAAGUCACGUCGCCCGCAUCGCCUGAGCCCUGUUUGCACAUCACGUCACACAGCGAUGACGGGAUUGGAUCAGACACGGCAGUGAGUCUGAGACGAGUUUACCAUCAGCGCGGCAAUUUGCUUCUUAAGAUACUCAGAGCCCUCACCCUUCUGAACACAUAGAUCCAUACACACAUACAGAUCCAAACAUGAAGGAGUCAGCCUGUCUGCCUGCCUGGGCUGACCUGGAGCCAGACAACAAUACCCUGUGUCUCUUCUGCCUGGAUCUGCCGGAACAGCCUCUCGUAGGACUUCCGGAACCGCCGCCCGUCCUUGUUCUCCCCCCUGGCCACAGCUGUCAGCUGCUGGACGAGCUGCUGCUGCUGCUUCGCGAGCCGCACGCACUUGACCUCAGCCUGAUUGAGCAUGGAACCGUUUGACGUCUCUACUUCGGUCGAACAACAAGCCACUUCACCUGUCUCCGCCUGUAGGUCUCCCUCCCUGCGCAUCCAUUGAUCUUCGGAUAAAAGGUGCAUUCUUGCAUUUCUUCGUCCUCCCUGCGCAGCCUCAAGGCCUCUCCCAGCUCCACGCGCUGUCGCCGCCGCUCCAAAUACUGAUCGAUGCAGGCAAGGAGAUGUGGUGGCCGCUAGGAAAAAGGCUUCACGGGUGAUCUAGUCGUUGCUCGACUCACCUCCUUAUCCCUCUCCUCGCGAGACCUACUCGCUGACCGAUGUGAGAUGGGGGCACAGUGCCUUACGCCUUUUUGGGCAUUGUCCUUCUCCAUCUCGUGUCUCGCUUUCAGUUCCUGUCUGCAGGUCAAGAAGAUCAAUCCACAACAGCAGACAGGUCAAGAAGACUAAUCCACAACAAAGCCAACUCAAAAGCAGCAAGUACAUGCUGAACGCGUGUGACGUCGGCUCACCGUCUACGCUGUCGAUUUGAGUAGUCGUCAUACAGCCGUUUCAACGUCUCUGAUGAUGGCCGCGCUGCGUGUGGUCUCCCCUGCCUGUCAUGCUUGGACGAGAGCACUGCAGUUUCGCCUGAGGGUGACACAUCGCGAGCAUGGAUGUGAUCAAUGGCUGGGUGUCUCAACUCACACUCAGUCUUCCUUGCAUCAGAGUCACGUUCCUUGUCAUUGCAAGAAGGAGACCGGCUGCACAUACGUACACAAACCGACGCUUUGCAGGUGCUUGAAUGCCAGCUCUGCAGCAAGAAAGGAAUACCUGCAAGUGCCGAAGGCGUUCAUUCUUCGGACUGUCAUCGACUGGCCUGGGUAAAGAGACACAAUGCCAUAAUGCCCGACAGGACUCCUGGUAAGGUUAUAAAUGAUGAUGGGACCUCUGGCCUUCAAGUUCCUGGUAUUUGCCUUCCGACUACACAAAAGCCGACAUUCACGUGCAUUUUGCUUACAAUCGCACAGCGUGAAUGAGGUUUGCUUACCGCUGACGUUGAUGGCUUUCCGCAGGUGCAGUCUGCUGGACAACUGGUUUCUCUGCAUCUGUCAGACGCCCAUGGUCGUUGAAGCAACAUACCGCGUCUCCGUUGGAAUCAUCCCAGGCGGCAAACACAGGAAAAUCGUUGCCUGGCAACCCUUGCCCCUCUUGAAGUUGGGCCUCUGAUUUCGCCGUAAUGGCUGACAGUGAAGUGAAGACCUGCAAUGCCAGAGGCACACCAGUGUCGAACAAAAGGGACCGUGCGGAAAAGAACGUGUCCUCUUUCUUGUGCUUCGUCUACCAGGUUAUGCUCUUGAUCCACAGCGGCACACUUCUCUGCAACAACAGGUCGUGCGUCUUGUCUUGCGGAAGGCCGCAGUGUUGUUCCUCUCAGCAAUUCCCCGUGCCACUUGACAGCGUUCCCCGCCGGGCACCCCCCUGCAGUGCUGGGCUGGUGUUCUCCGUCUCCUUCGCUGCCCUGCGACGACCUGCUCGAGAUAGACAGGUCGAGGGACCCUGGGGGCGAUGGACGAGGCGAAGGAGGCGGUCCACAUGACGGCGAAUCAUCAAGACGUAGCUCUUUGGGGUCCAGUUUGGGAUUGGAUGCCAUCUGUAUCCUUGUGACCUGAUGGCAGGCUCGACGUCUCUCUUCAAGCUCUGCCUGAGGCCUGUCCUCGUGAGCCGACGGUGCAGGCGGCAGGCUAGGCGGCAGGGGGUCAAUGCGUUGGGCGCCUCGACGGACGGCAGGGACGGACAUGCGAUGAAUGUGCCUAUGUAUUUAGAUGUGUACGGGAUCUCACUACUAUAUGGCCAUCUAUGAGUCGAGGUGACGCCGCCGCAGGGAUCCAAGAGAUCCAAGCGAUGGG